CUGAUUUGCAAUCGGUGCUCUGCUAUUUCUCCUGACAUCUUCUCUUCCAGGAGAAUAAAUCAAGUUCGGAUCACAGUACAGGAGGAGACGCUUUUCUAAAGCAGAGAUGUUUCGCAAUCAGUACGACAACGACGUGACGGUAUGGAGCCCGCAGGGCCGCAUUCAUCAGAUCGAGUAUGCCAUGGAGGCCGUGAAGCAAGGCUCUGCAACUGUGGGACUCAAGUCCAAAUCCCAUGCAGUCCUGGUUGCUCUGAAGAGAGCCCAGUCUGAACUGGCUGCCCACCAGAAGAAGAUCCUCCAUGUUGACAACCACAUCGGCAUCUCCAUUGCCGGACUCACUGCUGACGCCAGACUGCUUUGUAACUUCAUGCGUCAGGAGUGCUUGGACUCGAGAUUUGUCUUCGACAGACCCCUUCCUGCGUCACGUCUCGUCUCUCUUAUUGGCAGCAAAACCCAAAUCCCCACACAGAGGUAUGGAAGGAGGCCUUAUGGUGUUGGACUCCUCAUUGCUGGCUUUGAUGACAUGGGACCUCACAUCUUCCAGACCUGCCCCUCAGCCAACUACUUUGACUGCAAAGCGAUGUCCAUCGGAGCGCGCUCCCAGUCCGCACGCACCUACCUGGAGCGAUGCAUGGACAAGUUCUCCGACUCUAAUCUGAACGACCUGGUCCAGCACGGCCUCCGCGCUCUCCGAGAAACGCUCCCCGCCGAGCAGGACCUCACCACUAAGAAUGUUUCCAUCGGCAUUGUGGGUAAGGACAUGGAGUUCGUCAUUUAUGACGAUGAUGAUGUCGCCCCGUUCUUGGAGGGGCUGGAAGAGAGGCCACAGAGAAAGGUCGCCCAGCCCGCCGACGAACCUGCCGUUGCUGGAGAGGUACCCGAUGAGCCGAUGGAGCACUGAGGCGUCCGCUUCCUGACAACUGCCACUCACCAGAGUAAACCUUCGAGGGGGACAAGUUGUUAUGUUAUGUGCCACCCGUCAAUCCAAAAUAUCCUGCGAACAUCCACCAACGUGAUGUUGCUUUUGUAUGAGAAAAAUGUAUCAUUAUACAAGUAAUAAACUUUUUUUUUUGAAUGCU